CUGCCCAUUGUGGCCUCUUCCAUCGUGACUCUCUAUUUCUUGGAGCUGACGGACCUCUUCAAACCGGCCAAGAUGGGCUUCCAGUGCUACGACCGAGCCCUUUCCAUGCCGUACGUGGAGACCAAUGAGGAGAUGAUCCCGUUGUUGAUGUUGCUAAGCCUGGCGUUUGCUGCGCCCGCCGCCUCUAUCAUGGUGGGCGAGGGCAUCGUGUACUGCUUGCAAUCCAAGACCAAAGGCCGCAGCAGCUCCGAAGGAAGCAUCAAUGCCGGCGGCUGCAACUUCAACUCCUUCCUCCGCAGGACGGUCAGGUUUGUGGGUGUCCAUGUAUUUGGCCUCUGUGCCACGGCUCUCGUGACGGAU